AUGCUGCUGGCCCUGGCCACCGCCAGCGCCUCCACGGCCACCACCACCGCUGCCACCUCCUCGACCACCCCAACCCCUGCCGCCGCCUCGUCCACCGCCACCCCAACCACCGCCUCCACUCCUGCCACCUCUGUUGCCGCCACCACCCCCACCGCUACCACUCGCCCCUCCAGCCGAGCCACCACCCCCACUGCCUCCACCGCCCCCACCGCCGCCUCCCCCGCCGUCACCGCCACCACCCUUGCCCCCUUUGCCCUUGCCGCUGCGGCGCCCGCUCGAGGCAGACGCAACGCUGACCUUCUCAGCACCAAGAAGGUCGACAGCAGCAGCAGAGGCGACAGAGGGAAGAAGGGGGGAAGGAGAACACCCCUCAAAGAACGGGGUACGGGGGUCGCCACGAGAGGCACCUACAGUGACUAUGCUAGUCUCAGCUGCAAGCAGCUCCUUCUCGAGGAGGGCAAUGCCAUAGGAACAGCAGAAAUAGCAGCAGUAGUAGUAGGAGAAGCAGGUAGGACGAACCAGGUAGGGCAGGGCGGCGCGGCUCGGUUCAGGUCGGGUCGCGCGAUUCGGCUGGGUCGCGCGGCUCGGCUCGGAGUGCGCGGUCCGGCUCGGGGCGCGCGGCUCGGGUCACGCGGCUCGGUUCGGUCGCGGGCUGCGGCGGGAACGGGCCGCCCGGGGCCUCUAGGGGCGGUGGGCACGGGGCCGGUCGGGGCCUCUAGGGACAGCGGGCAGAGGGUCGGCGAGGCGGCUUGGGGCCCUAGAGAGGCGAGCGCGGGGCCGAUAGGGGCCUGA